AAUUAAAGACUGGCAUAUUUGUAGCAGGAGGAAGACAAGCUCUGUGGGAAUAUGCCUUUUAUUGAGUGGCACAUGAACAGAAUUUUUGAGAAAAAUUGAAGCAAGAAAUUAACUUGGCUCAGAUCCAUUCAGGCAUUAGAAAACAGCCCCAUGCCUGGAGGUUACGGAGUGAUGGGUGACGACGGCUCUAUCGAUUACAGCGUUCACGAGGCCUGGAACGAAGCCACCAACGUUUACUUGGUAGUGAUCCUGGUUAGCUUUGGUCUCUUCAUGUAUGCCAAGAGGAAUAAAAGGAAAAUUAUGAGGAUAUUCAGUGUGCCAUCUACAGUGGAAACUUUUUCAGAGCCCAACUUUUAUGACACAGUAAGCAAAAUUCGUUUAAGACAGCAACUGGAAAUGUAUUCCAUUUCGAGGAAGUAUGAGUGUCAGCAGCCGCAGAGCCCAGCUGACAGUGUGCAGCUCUCCUUGGAAUGAAAGCUUGGAAGAAGAGCCACGUAAGCAGUUGUUGUCCAACACUGUGGGAGCAGGCUCCUAAUUCCACUAAAUCAUGAACAGCAUUUUUUUAAAACUUCUCUCUCCAUAAAAUCAUUUUACUUGUGACUUUUUCCCAAUUUUUUUGUGUUUUGUUGCAUCUCCAUGUCAUUUGUUACACAAAUAAAAAAUGGCUCAAAAAGGCUGAACACAAAUUGUCUGCACAUACCUAGGAAGACAGACUGUAACCAGACAUGGGGUUUUACCUGUGAAGACGCGGAUUUCUGCAGGAUACCGUGGUCAGGGAUAUAAACACGUCUCUGGAAGGGAGAAUCUGGAGCUUGUGCCACUUGGAUUUCAACAUUUCUGCACACUUAAAAAAUUAAAAUCCAGUCGUUGGAAUAACUUCCCCUUAGGUUGUAUUCUGUGAUAGAUGUAGUAUGGGUGAUGGACUGACUGGUGUUCUUGUUGCUGUUGUCACCACUCCGUAACUGAGGCAGCUAUCUUGCUUCAGCGCCUGCACAGCAGACUGUCUCUUCCACGUCAGGAAGCGUACCCAUCUCCUAACUGUGGAAGCUUUCUGUGACUGGAAUUGUUCCCCUUAAUUGUGUUCCCAGGAGUUUGUUUCCUUUUUCUUAAUUCCACAGUUUCAUUUCUAACAGAAGAGUCUU